GACCAGCGCUGCGUUCUCCAGGCCCCUGUUUCAAAACGUCAUCUCGGCUGGGUGUUCGUUCGCGAAUAUAAUUUCUGUAAAUAGACAGCCGUGCGACGUCCACCAACCGUGAGUGGUGAUGACAAGAAAGUAUUCGCAGUAAUGGCAUCGGCACUGGAGCAAUUUGUAAAUAACGUUCGGACGCUUUCGAAACAAGGCAAUUUCAGAGAAUUAUGCGAGGUCAUAAGCAAGAGCGCAGAAGUGUUAACGAAGCACGGACAACACUUGGAUAAUGUUUUGGAAACGUUAGAUCUGCAACAACACUCGUUGGGCAUCUUGGCGGUGCUCUGUGCAAAAUUUUCACUACCCAAUCCUAACGGUGGGAAUAACUCAGAUGCAAAUAAAUCAUUAUUCAACCAGGUUCAGGAAUUUAUUAUAGGAUGCAAUGGAGAGCAAGUUAGACUUGCUCCAGAUACAUAUGCAGAAUUAUGUCACCUGCUUACGCAAAGUCUGGUGGAAUUGAAAACUCCAUUGCGCGGGAUUGAAUUAUUGCGUCGCGCGAUACGCAAGAUACAGCUGUUCGACAGCCAAUUGACUUCGAUACAUGCCGAUCUUUGCCAACUAUGCCUUUUAUCGAAAUGCAUGAAGCCGGCGCUCGAAUUCCUCGACAUAGACAUCACGGGCAUUAGCCAGGAGGGCGGCCAGUUCGACUCCAAAUAUUUUUUACUGUAUUAUUAUUACGGCGGCAUGAUAUAUACAGCUCUGAAGAAUUACGACCGGGCAUUGUACUUCUUCGAGGUGUGCGUGACGACGCCCGCGAUGGCCGUCAGCUACAUUAUGCUGGAGGCUUACAAAAAGUACAUCCUGGUUUCUCUGAUAUUGCACGGAAAGGUGUUGAACCUGCCAAGGUACACCAGCCAAGUAAUCAACAGAUACAUUAAGCCGUUGAGCCAGCAGUAUCAGGAACUAGCCGCAGCCUAUUCGGUCAACAGCUGCGACGAAGUGCAGAAUAUCAUCACCAAGUAUCAACAGUUAUUUGUCAGGGAUCAUAACCUAGGACUUGUGAAACAGGUGCUCGCUUACUUGUACAAGAAAAACAUACAGAGGCUGACGAAAACGUUCCUGACGCUUAGUUUAAGUGAUGUUGCGAGUAGAGUUCAAUUGUCGGGACCUGCUGAUGCGGAGAAUUAUAUCUUAAACAUGAUCGAGGAUGGCGAAAUAUUCGCAACUAUUAAUCAGAAAGACGGCAUGGUGGUGUUUCACGACGACCCCGAGAAGUAUAACUCGCCUCAAAUGCUAGCGAACUUCGAGAAGGAGAUGGCGGCGUGCACGGAACUGGACAAGCGAGUGCAAGAGAUGGAAGAGGAGGUUGUCCUUACACCACAAUACGUUCGCAAAGCGUGCGGACAGAACGAUCAGGACGACCAAGCUGCCGGACCUACACCAACGAACGUUACGAAUGCGCAAGGUCAAACUAAACACAAUACCUAUUCUAUGUAACAUAUACAUGUCGUUGUGCGUUAUCUUUAUUAAAAAAGAACAACAAAAGGAAAAAAAAAUGAGUCGUCAUGGAGAACCUUGUUGAAAAUCGGGAUUUCAACAUCUGAAAGCCUGUUCCGGACGAUUACGGCAGCAUGACGAGCGCGAGACUCCUCGCGUUGUCUUCGUUUUGUAGGAAUUCUCACUAAUGAGAAUCACGCUGGUAAAUACGCGAGACGUAUUGCUAAAGUCGACAAUACGUCCGUAGCAGGCUUUGUUAUCAAAGUUACCGACGAAUUAUGUACAUGUUAUAGGCAUGGUGAUUAAUAUAUUGCGAUAUUUCGUUACAGGCUACACGUUUUAGAGAAUUGAGAAACAUACGUCGAUGCGAACUAUCAACUGCGUACUUGCAACACCGUUUCUCGCACGCGUUUCAAAUCUUAGUCUUUUUUUUAUGUUAAGUAUCUUACUGUUUUUGGAAAUAGAAACACACUACUUCAGA